AUGGCCGCGCUCUACGGGGGUGUGGAGGGGGGAGGAACACAAUCCAAGGUCCUUUUACUCUCAGAGGAUGGGCAGAUUCUGGCAGAAGCGGAUGGACUCAGCACAAACCACUGGCUGAUCGGGACAGACAAGUGUGUGGAGAGGAUCAACGAGAUGGUGAGCAGGGCCAAGCAGAAAGCAGGAGUGGAUCCUCUGGUGCCCCUGCGAAGCUUGGGCCUAUCCCUGAGUGGUGGGGAGCAGGAAGACUCUGUGAGGAUCCUGAUGGAGGAGCUGAAGGACCGAUUUCCCUGCCUGAGCGAAAGCUAUGUAAUCACCACCGAUGCCGCUGGCUCCAUCGCUACAGCUACGCCGGCUGGUGGGAUCGUGCUCAUCUCUGGCACAGGCUCCAACUGCAGGCUCGUCAACCCCGAUGGCUCUGAGAGCGGCUGCGGCGGCUGGGGCCACAUGAUGGGGGACGAGGGCUCAGCCUACUGGAUCGCACACCAAGCAGUGAAAAUAGUCUUCGACUCCAUCGACAACCUGGAGGCAGCUCCUCACGACAUUGGCUACGUCAAACAGGCCAUGUUCAACUAUUUCCAGGUGCCAGAUCGGCUAGGAAUCCUCGCACAUCUGUACAGGGACUUUGAUAAAUCCAGGUUUGCUGGGUUUUGCCGGAAAAUUGCAGAAGGUGCUCAGCAGGGAGACCCCCUCUCCCGGUACAUCUUCAGGAAGGCUGGGGAGAUGCUGGGCAGGCACGUGGUGGCAGUGCUGCCUGAGAUUGACCCGGUCUUGUUCAAAGGGGAGCUUGGCCUCCCCAUUUUGUGUGUGGGCUCUGUGUGGAAGAGCUGGGAGCUGCUGAAGGAAGGUUUCCUCUUGGCGCUGACCCAGGGCAGAGAGAUCCAGGCUCAGAACUCCUUCUCCAGCUUCACCCUGAUGAAGCUCAAUCACUCCUCUGCCCUGGGCGGGGCCAGCCUCGGGGCCAGGCACGUGGGGCACCUCCUCCCUCUGGACUACAGUGUCAAUGCCUCGGCCUUCUUCUCCUACACCUUCCCCUAG